UGAACAAAUCUUGAUGGAAUCUGGUUUGAAAGUUGCUACAUGGUUUAAGCUACAAGAUUGGCUAUCUACUGGCUACUGAGAUUGAAGAUAUCAUGGCAGAGCAUCAGAAUGAGGUUUAUAGAGAUCAGCAAAUAUGGAAGUGUCCCAACUUCUGGAGAGCUACAAUACUUCAUUGGUGUCCAAUUAGAUGGAAGUCAGCAUGUAGAACCAUUAAGGAACCGCCUCUCAGAUAAAACGGAGCAAGAAAGUGCUAAGUUGCUCAAGGCUACUGCGGAAAACGUUGAUGAAGCUGUUAGAGAACUUCCUGAUGCAAACAUGAAACCAGAAGACUUGUGGGCUUUACACUCUCUCCCCGUCUUUCCCAGGCCUCAUAAGAAGGGCAGUGCUUCAUGGGGAGCCAUACAAAAGUUAUGAAUUGCAGUUUUUCCCAUUGCUGUUGAAGCUGCUAAGCUUGGAAUGCAGAGAAUAUUGGUUGUAGCAUUGGAAAAGAUAGAGAAGAGUUCAAGCUGUUAAUUUUUUUCUUAAAUAUUUUUCUUUUUGUUUAUGUUAUAAUGAAAGAUGAA